AUGGAGGGAUCCCUUCUCCCGUCCUUGCUAAUUCUACUGCUGUCCUUAGCCCUGGGGACUGCUGGACAAGAUGAUCAGGGUGACAAGAGUGGGGACAAGAUCAUCGAUGGCUUCCCGUGUGAAAGAGGCUCCCACCCGUGGCAGGUGGCCCUGCUCAAGAACAGCCAGCUGCACUGCGGGGGCGUGCUGCUGGACGAGCGCUGGGUGCUCACCGCUGCCCACUGCAGGAUGAGUGAGUACAACGUGCACUUGGGCAGCGAUCGGCUGGGGGACAAGAGUGCCCAGAAGAUCAGGGCCUCAAAGUCCUUCCGACACCCUGGCUACUCCACCAAGACCCACGCCAACGACCUCAUGCUUGUGAGGCUGAACAGCCGGGCCAGGCUGUCGUCGAAAGUGAAGAAGGUCGACCUGCCCUCCAGCUGCGAACCCCCGGGCACCACAUGCACUGUCUCUGGCUGGGGCACCACCACCAGCCCUGACGUGACCUUUCCAGCAGCGCUCAUGUGCAGUGAUGUCCAGCUCAUCUCCUCCAAGGACUGCAAGAAGGUUUACAAGGACCUCCUGGGGAAAACCAUGCUGUGUGCUGGUGUCCCUGACUCCAAGACCAACACCUGCAACGGUGACUCAGGAGGACCAUUGGUGUGCAAAGGUACCCUGCAAGGUAUAGUGUCCUGGGGAACUUUCCCUUGUGGCCAACCCAAUGACCCAGGUGUCUACACCCAAGUCUGCAAGUUUACCAGUUGGAUAAAAGAGACCAUGAAAAGGUAUCGCUAA